GUGAGGAUCAUGUGUAGUCCACGCGCCGAAACUGGGUUACUUUGCCGCAGAGCAGGAAGGAGCUGGCAGCAGAGGAGCCCCCGCUUGUCUAUUUGACACGCGCUUCGCCACAGCGGCAUCUGCGAGACUGCGCGGAAAAAGUAAACACGUCGUUGCGUUGUAGCUGUUUUCAAAGUCGUGGCGGGCGAACAAUAUUUUUUAUAAAAACCCAUGUGAGGAUUUGCUUGUGCGAGAGUUUGCAGCUGCUCCGGUUCGGGGCGAACAAGGUCGCGUCGCGCGCUGUGUCCCUGGCUUCACUCCCACCUGGACUUUUAUGACUCCAAGAGUUGGCCAGACUUCACCGCAAACAUGAGAGCUCAAAUAGAGGUGAUUCCAUGUAAAAUCUGUGGAGACAAAUCAUCAGGGAUCCACUAUGGUGUCAUCACCUGUGAAGGCUGUAAGGGGUUCUUUCGACGCAGCCAGCAGAACAAUGCCAUGUACUCCUGCUCACGUCAGAGGAACUGUCUGAUUGACCGGACCAAUCGCAACCGAUGUCAGCACUGCAGGCUGCAGAAGUGUCUCAAUCUGGGCAUGAGCCGCGAUGCUGUCAAGUUUGGUCGAAUGUCUAAGAAACAGCGGGACAGCCUGUAUGCAGAGGUCCAGAAACACCAGCAGUCCCAUGAGUGUGUUGGGGCCGGAGCCCAUGAGGAGAAUGUUGAUAUGGCCGACCAAGGCGGUGCUUACAGACGAGGUUCCACCACCAACCUCAGCGAUCUGGAUGAUAUCACCAUGCUGCAAGAAGGCCUCCUCUUCGACCUGCCGCUAACGCCGGAGGAUGGUGGAGAUUACUGUAGCCUGGACAUGAUGGGUGGCAGCGCGGGCAGCGGCUCGUCCUCUCAGAGUUCACCGGAACAGACCAGCUCGGACUUUGUCCCCAACAACAGCAUUAAGCACGAGUACCAGCUUUUACACGAAUCUGGACUCUUUGCGCAUUCAAUCUUCAACCCGCAACCUGAGGGCUUCUCUGUUCAUGAAAUAGAGCGCAUAACUCUGAGUGUGGUGAAGUCCCACUUUGAGACGAGCCAGCACAGUACAGACGAUCUGAAGAGAAUGGCGUGGACCUUGUAUAGUGCAGAGGAGACACGCUCAUACCAGACUAAGUCAGCUGAGACGAUGUGGCAGCAGUGUGCCAUUCACAUCACCAACGCAAUCCAGUAUGUGGUAGAGUUUGCCAAGCGCAUCUCAGGCUUCAUGGACCUCUGUCAGAAUGAUCAGAUUAUCCUCCUCAAAGCAGGUUGUAUGGAUGUUCUUCUGAUCCGUAUGUGUCGAGCCUACAACCCCAUCAAUAAUACUAUGCUCUUUGAUGGAAAGUUUGCCACUCUUACGCUUUUUAAGGCUCUUGGCUGUGAUGAUCUUGUGAACGCAGUGUUUGAAUUGGCUAAAAGCCUGAGUCGCAUACAGAUGUCUGAAGAGGAGAUGGCUCUGUUUACUGCUGCUGUGCUGCUCUCACCAGACCGGCCCUGGCUCACAGAUGUGCAGAAGAUAAAGAAGUUGCAGGAGAAAGUCUAUGCGGCUUUGCAGCACUGCCUGCAAAAGGAAGGAGCACCAGAGGAGAAACUAGCUAAGAUGGUGUCAAAGCUUCCUGUGAUGAAGUCAAUUUGCAACCUUCACAUCGACAAACUGGAGUUCUUUCGCCUGGUUCAUCCUAAGACAGCGUACACGUUUCCUCCUCUCUAUAGGGAGAUUUUUGGCAGUGAAAUUUCCUUCCCAGACUCCACAGAGGGCUAGCACGCUCUAGCAACCAGCUUGACUCUAAUAGAAACAUUAAGGUGCAGGGAGGCUGAGAUUCAGAUGUGGCAACCAGCUGAGGCAUCACAACCAGCUGCUUGAUGGCAGUCCUACCUGCUACACUUUAGGACACAAUCCUCUCACCUCCGAUAUCCCACCCCAGCGGAGUAGCUUACACUGCCUCGCCAGCAAGUCCUUUCAGCUUCAGCGUAACACUACAUGAACUGCUGCUGGGUUUUCAGUGCAUGUUACCUUUUUUUUGAGAAGUUUAAGAAAUUGUCGAAAAGCCUAUAUAAUUUAUAUUAAUAUAACUUUCAUCAAGUUAAAAACCUUAUUAAUAUAAAUCUGAAUUUAUUGUUCUGCCCCUUCCUAUAAGCUAUUGUUGAAUGUACCCCCUUACCUUUGACCGUUCAUCACAGCCCUAGGCUUGAUAUAGAAUGUACAUAAACUCCUCACUCACUCACUCUGUGGAGCUUGGCAGUAGCGACGCCUGCUGCUCCGGUAAACGUUUGCAGGCUGUUUAUCGUUGCAGCGUAUGUUUUCGGUGGCACCCAUAUUUAGCAGUUUUGAAACACAUGAACAAACUGUUUAAAGGGACCAUGAUCAAACUCAGACAGCAUUUUUUCAAAACUGUGUGGAACAUGGGCUUAGAUUCAGCUCGUCUGCUGCCGCGCACCGAGGAGUUGUUGCACAAACCAUAGCACUUAUACUGAUCUUCUACCUUUUUUUACUAGCACGCCCUCAGACACAGAUGGAAGUGAGCGCUUUAUUUUUUUUAGUGCAAUCAGUGACCUCAGUCCUCAUAACCUUUUCCCUUUAUUAAUGCCACUUAGCAAGAGAGAGAGUUACAGAUGUAUUGUGAGAUUAUAUAUACAGUAGCAUUAGGCACCGAGAUUAAAGUGUGAAUUUGAGUGAGAUACAGAGGUGGAGGGUAAAGUGCCCAGGUCACUCAGUUUGAUACUACCUGCCCAAACACUGGCCCUGAAAAAAUAACCUAGUGCAUAAUUAACACCUACAAGUUACUGUCACAAAUCGUGGCACACGAUUUUACAGGUUCAAAUUGAAAGUGCCAUCUGUGAAACACUCAGAACAGACAGAAAUGCUAGAACACCCCUCCUGCUGUAGACAAGUUGGGCACUCAGUCACCGACCGGGGUUGUCAGGGAGGAGCAUCUGGAGCUGGUACUGCCUCGUUUCCCCCAUCACCAUCACCUCCUGUGCUGUCUGCGCCAGGAAGGCCAGGAAGUUUGAGCAUAAAAAAGGCAGUCCACAGUGGCACCAGUAACAUCACCAGUAACAUCACUUAGAGGAGCAUUUACUGGAGGCACUGUUUGAGAUGUUGUGACUGGAAGAUUAAACCUUCUUCCUCUUGUUCCCCAUUCCCUUACUACCUCACCCUGUUCAGACGCUACACGGCACAGCAAAGAUCUGAUUGAGCCAGCUACCCCCCUGAGUUAGUAUAUCUGCACUUUUUUAAAAAUAUUGCAAUUAGUGGUGAAAUGGAUAAAGGUCAGUUAUAACUAAUUGAUGUUGCUGUACAGAACAAAAAGCAAGCUGAAACGCUAGACCGGCGUAAGCUGAGCGGUGCUCUUCGAGUGCUUUUCUGUCAUUUGAGAGCAGUUCAGAUUGUUAGGCCUGGAUGCCCUACAUAGAUACAGGUCUGUCUCAAGUAAGGUCUCUAGAGAUGUAUGAGGGUGUGUCCAGAUGGAGCUUAUAUCUAUAAAGUAGGGGAGGAUCACAAGCUACAAGAAAAGAAUAGUUAUCAAAUCGUUUCAAGACAAUCACAUGACAGAUGUUGAAUGUCUAUUUAAUGUUUUAGCCAGGUCUUCUUUGCACUGCAGGGUCAGUGCUUUUCAUCAUAAAUGUUGUCAUCUCACAGAAUGAAGUAUAGUUUUCCUCUGGGUACGUACAAAAGCCGUAAGGUGUGCUCCUGUGACACCAUCCCAUUGUUCUCUGGGCUUUUGUUGGCAUGCAUCACAGUGAAUUUUUGGUAAGCACUCCAGCACGUUUAACAACACUGCAAAACUAUGUUAAUUACAGUAUAACUAGCUGCCAGCUAACCACUAGCUAGGGUUUUCUUUCAGUUGAAGUUGUCAGGUGACCUAUGCUGAAGUGUAAUGAAGUGCAAUACUUGCGUGUUGAGCCCAAGAAUGUUAGUCAUGCCAAUUUCAAGGAUUCAAGAGAAGGAGACUUACAGUUGUGUGGGCCUAAAAUCUGUCCAGGGGACAGUACUGAACAUCUGCACUUACUUUCUGUUUAGAGUUACUCAGGGAGAUAGCUGGGCUCUCUGUCCUUCAGUGUCUGCAGUUAGUCUAGCUGGGAGGACACCUUGCACCAACAUAGAAGACCUUAAAACCUUGAUCACUGUGUACAGUACAUGUUCUUGUGAAUGUUUGAUUAUAGAAGUAUCAAAGACUUUACCCCUGUUUGAUAUCAUUAUGGCGAGACUUUAUUAAGUUUGAGUCGUAGUUAAAAUAGGACAUUUGGAAAAGUAAACAUAGUAACAUAAAUAUGAAAGAUUAAUUAUAAUCUCUGAAUUAUGUGUUUGCUUUGUUGUGAUCUUUUUGUUUAUUAAAUUGUAUCCAUGUAUGUACUGUCGUUUUUUCUCAUCAAUUUAGUGUCCUUUUUGUCUUGGCGAGAUGUAAUUCUAUUUUUUUAAAGAGCAUUUUUAAAGAUGUCUCCCUAAAACUUUCUCUUUUGUCAUGAUCCUUCUGUUUAUGAUAUUUUCACUGUAUUUUGCAAUUAUUAUUAAAUCAGUAUAGAUUUUAAUAAGAAAUAAUUUAUGAUAUGUUAUGGAUAUAAAACCCAAGAGGUUUUAACACUUUUGAGUGUUAUUGCACAAUGGUGAAACAAUGUAUGGAUUAAAGAAUGUAAUUAAAGUCUUUUUACAAUUUAAGAAA